GUUUGGUUUACCAAUUUCGUUAGUACGUUUUCAUCAGUACAAUGAAACAUCGGAAAGCACUUUUUGACGUUAAUCAAUUAAUCUAUCAGAACUUCAAACUUUCUAAAUGAACUUCAACACCCAAACUCACAUAAUAAGCCAAGCCCAAAAGGAAUGUCUCGUGAAUUUCUUGGAGGACCACGACUAUCUCGUGCAGCUGGGUAGGAAGGGCAAGCCGAUCGACGUGGAGAAGAACUCCAAGGGCUGGAAGGAGCUGGCGUCGUUGCUUAACUCCAAAAUGGGCCCCAGGAAAACCGUGCACCAAUGGAAGGAAACAUUCAACGAACUGAAAGCGAAAGCCAGAGCAAGGGCGAGCGUCAUCGAAAAACAGAGCCUUGGACCUGAAGCUAAUCAAACCGAAAAACAUUUAUCACCUUUAGAGCACCGAUUGUUGGCAGACUGGCUGGUUCAAACCAACCUAGAAAAUGUUAGAUUAGCGGACACGGGGAUGGGCUUCCGGUGA